GGCAGAACAUGGGUUAGGCCUAUAGGGCAAGAUGGCUAUAAGAAUCUGCGAGCGCCGAGUCAUUUAACAUGAAAGUAGCUAUAUUUUGAAAACUUUUAUCAUGUACUUCAAUCUCUAUUUUCCUUCAUCUUUUUCAUUUUGUCCUGGAAGGAACUAUUGGGUCCAGCGUCUUACCUGAACUUAAACUUAUCAGAGUCUAAGGAUAUUGGAAAUGCAUAUGCUUGUACCAUUCGGAUUCAACGAAACAGCUAGUAAGAAUGUUUUCAAGAAAAGUUUUGGGUGACUCAUGUUCAACCUUGAUCUUGUCAUGACGUCAACAAGAGACUGUUAUCGUUGUUGAUUGCGUAAUCUCGUCGAUUUUGCCUUGCCAGGGACACACACAAAUGCAGAUAAAAUGUCUUUUCAGCGACCUCUUUCUAAAAUCGUCAGGUUCAAUGCAGUUUUAGCACCUUAUAUCAGACCCUCAUCUCGAGCCCACCAUGUCCUAUCGACCAAUCAGGUAGCUGCUUCAUCAAGAACAGGGCCAUGUAGAGAGCAACUUUUGAGAGAUACAGCAAACAAGUAUGCCAUACACCCCCAGGUUCAACAUGCCCGUACAAUGUUCAUACAGACCCAAGACACACCCAACCCAAACAGUCUCAAGUUCUUACCGGGCGUUGAGGUAUUGGGAACGGGCACCAAGGACUUCCCCAGCGCUAUGAACGCCCAUGGGUCUCCGCUUGCCAGGCAAUUAUUCAGGAUAGAAGGCGUACAAGGUGUCUUCUUUGGACCCGAUUUCAUCACGGUUACUAAAAUGGAUGAUGAUAAUGUCGACUGGAGGGUAUUAAAGCCAGAGAUCUACGCCACCGUCAUGGACUUCUUCGCCUCGGGAGUUCCUAUCCUUACAGAUGAAACAGCACCAGCAGACACAGAGAUUCAAGAGGAUGACGAUGAGACGGUGAUGAUGAUCAAAGAACUCCUUGACACGAGGAUAAGACCGACUGUACAGGAAGAUGGAGGGGACAUAGUCUACAUGGGUUUUGACGAUGGUGUCGUCAAGCUGAAGCUUCAAGGAGCCUGUACUAGCUGCCCUAGCUCUAUUGUAACCCUCAAACAUGGCGUCCAGAACAUGUUGCAGUUCUAUGUACCGGAGGUCCUGUCAGUGGAAGCGGUCGAAGAUGAACAAGACGAAGUCUCGAAUGAACAACUCAAGAAGUUGGAGGAGAAGAUUGGAGAUGUUCCAACCUGAAACUCUGGCUGGAAGAAACAAAAUCUUUCGUCACAGGCAUUCUCAUCCCUCAAGGAUAUCAGUCUGUUGUGAUUAAGCUUCAUCAGUACAUCUAUGCAUGUGUGCGCUGUUGGAUAUAUGAACUGCACAAAAAUAUAAAUUUGUUUCAAGUAUUUCACUUUUUUUAAUAUACAUCUAUUGACCCACAGGGCAGUGUUCUCAUAGCCAUGAUUUAGUUAACCCCAUGUUGACUUAGACCACACUAUUAUGGAGUGCCAGAUGUCUUCUCAAUCACCAAGUAAACAUUAUUCUAGUCCAGCAGCAAAAGUUGUCAAACACUUUUUAGUAGCUGUGUCAUGAAAUGAGAAAAAUUGGAAAAUGGGAAAAUAAAAUGAAUUUUAAUGAAUUAAUUGGUACAUUAUCUUUGCAAUGAGUAUGGAACAAGUAUUAUGAGACCAUGCUUUCCAUAGAAGUGAGGUCUAAAAUUCUAAUUUUGACUAGGGUUAAAUCUAGGCUUGAUUAUCAGAAAAGAGGUAAACAUCUUUUACAAAGGGGUUUUCCCUCAACUUGGCAACAGUUAUUUAUUUUGUAAAAUCUUACAAACUUUUGAGAAAAAAAAUAAACAUGAAUCAUUACAGGAAUUGAAAUUAUGACAUUUAUCUUAGAAAAAUGCAUAUUUUUAAGUUAUAUGUAUAUUUCUAUCGUAUUGCCAAUUUAAAGAGUAUAAUGAUUAGCUUAUUUUACACCUUCUUUUGUUCAGCAUCUGAGGUGUAAAUGUUUUCAUGGGAGAGAAAAAGCAAAGUAAUCCCUGAAUCUUUAAAAUGAUGUAAAACUGUUAGAUGUAAUUUGGAAUUAUCUAUGAUUCAAAAGCAAUUCUGUUAAUAAGGACGAAAAAUGUCAUAUUUGCGGCUUGUUUGUAUUCUUGUCAUCAGAGGCAGAUGUUAGAUCCUCGCUCUGGACACUUUAUUGAUUUCCUUAUAAGAAUUGAGGAAGUCCAUCUCAUGGCAAAAUGGAGUGAAAUGGGAAAUUGUUACUUGUACUUGAGCCCAUCUGGUGUAUAUUAAUAUCCUGCCAUUUUACCUAGAAGUGCCAGAAAUGAAAAACUGUCAAAAAUCCUCAGUUUAGUGAAACUACUCGUUUCAUUUUUUCUUGAUUUACUUUAAAUGAACUAUAUUGGGCUUGGGACAUGAUUAUAUUCAGACAGUCAAUUGUAUGAUCAUUGUUUAUUUGAUAAUCAGAUUGCAGUGUGGCGGUUUGAUGCGAGCGUUAUACAUGUCCAUCUUAAGCCUGGGUUACACCGGAACCGAAUCAGCUGUGAAUCCAUCCAAGUACACGUAUUCAGGCGGAGUCGGAAGUAUUUUGUUCUCCCUCUGCGAAUGCGAAAAAAAUUUGGGAUGGAUUCAGGAACAUUCGCGGAGGAAUUUGGCUCAUUUUAAAUGUUAAAAACCAGCCGGAUACCCUCCAAAAUACUCCCGAAUGUGGCAACAAGAAAUUUCAUUCGGGCCACAUUCGGGAUGUACUCGCAUGACAUUCGGUUGGAUUAGGGGAGGCAUUAGGAGAGUGAUGGUUUGAGCUUGGCGCAUACAGCCAUAUUCAUUCUGAUUGGGUCAACAUUCAGGUCGUCAUUCGGCUGUAAUUGUCGGAGCAAUCGGGCCACAUUCGGGUAGAUUCUGGCUACUAUUCCGGUGGAGUCUGCAGAAAAUAGGGAGGGACCCAUUCGCCUCCCCGAAUCAGAGACGAAUACAUUCCGAAUCGGGCCAUAUUCGGGCAGAAUCAGUCCGAAAUUAUUCAGAAUUCGGUUUUGGUAUAACCCUAGCUUUAUGUAGCAUCAUUAAGCUGGUACAAAUUUGGUAAGACAAUCCCAUGGUAAUGACUUGUGGUAUACAAGUCAUUGGACCCCAAAAUGAAAAUUACUGCCAAGGCGUUUUUUUUUAUACUAAAAAAAAUUCAUCUGAACAACCUUAACCUUCUCUUUCAUCAUGACAACUUUCACUCCUCAUCUUGAAAAGCUCAAAAUUCAUAAUGCUCACACAUACUUCCACUUAACCCGUCUGAGACUGAGCUAACACAUACACAGGCUGGAGUCUACAUGUAUGUGUUACAUCAAAAUCACUCAAUCGCCAACAGGUUAAGAUGUUGAAAUAAUAAAAAGGAACACAUUUUCGUUUGUUUUUCCCUUCGGAUAAGAUAUAUUUGUACCUUUUGGAAGAAAUAUUCACAACCCUUGUUAAAUACAUACCACAUAAAAAGAAUGCAUACAUUUGUGUUCAUAAUCUUUCUGUUACGAGCAAUAUAUUAUACAUGUGAUGCACAAGAGAAAGGCACAGGACCGUUUUAUAUAUGUACCGUGAAUAAAGGCUUACAUAAGUUUUACAAAUUGAAAAUCACUGUAUGAUGCAUAUAUGCCAACCUCUUGUAUUUAAAAAAAAUACCACAUUGAACAGAAAUCUCGUUUCAAGUAAAUUGAAGGUUAAUAUCUUCUUUAGAAAAUGUAAGAAAUGAAGUAAAAGUAACUUAAAAACAUAUCGUCAUAUCGGCAAUCUUAAUUCAUUUUGCAGAGAUAAAUAAUAUUUUACUUCAUCAAGUUGGUCGGAUGAAAUUAACACAGUUGACGUGUACGAGAAUGACAUAUUUCAAGAGCUAAUGCAUGUAUUUUAGAUCUUAUAAUUAUACAAUGAUUACUUUCUAGAGCACAGUAUGCCAGAGUCACUUGAAAGAAAUCAAAUAAGUGAUGUUGAAUUACACUGCUUCGUUUGAUAUCAAGUAUAUAUCAUUGGUUCCAAUUGCAACCUCAAGCUAUGUACAUGUAUGAAGUCUGUUGCGCACCAGCUAGUACACAAUGGAAGUAAUGAAAUUUUGUUGAGAUGGAUGGCCUAAAAUUGCUUGUAAAUAAGAGGAAUAUGAAAUAAACUUUGCUUUUAAUUGCAUAACAAGUUUUCAUUGGGCCUGUAUUUUCUGAUAUUCAACAAUGUAAAGAAUGAUGGUGAUGAUAGUGUUGAU